AUGUGGAUAUUUAUUUGGCUGAUUGCAACAACAGUUGCUGAAUUCACACCCCAUUUUCGAGCAUUCAUUCAUAACAAAUAUGGAAUAGAUAUGGUGCAAAUCUUGGAAAGAACAGAUUUAGGAACAGAUGCAAGUUUUGGAGGAAAAGCUAGUGAUUCAGAACAACUUACUAAUCAAGCCGUCAUUCUUAUACAUGGAGUUACCAAUAAAGCUACAAGGUUCCAGGCAAUGGUUAAUAAUUUUUUAUCAAAAGGAUAUAAGCGUUCAGAAAUAUAUGCGACUACGUGGGGAGACGCAGGCGCUACUGCUUAUCCUUUAGUGGAUAUGAAAUGUUCAUAUGUAAAACAAAUUCGAAGUAUGAUAAUAGCGAUUCGGGAAUAUACUGCCACACAAGUCGAUAUUAUCGCUUAUUCCAUGGGUUCACCUCUUGCUCGAAAAGCUAUACUUGGUGGAAAUUGUGUUGACACACGCGAAAUAUUAGGACCACCAUUAACCGAACUUAUCGAUACAUUCUUAAGUGUUGCUGGUGCUAAUUAUGGUAGCUCACUAUGUUUAGUGCCUAUUCCAGUUGGCAUAUGCAAUAAACGUACUGGUCUUCAUUGUAAUUCAACUUUUUUGAAGGAUAUUAAUGGUCAAACUAAAUAUGAAGGAACAUUUAUAUUUAGCAUUUUUUCAACCUCUGAUGAAAAAGUCGGAUUUCGUGCCUGCAAGAAGUUGACAAGUCCAAUUCGUGGAAGUACCGGUUUUGUGAAACGCACCGACCUAUUUCACGACCAAGUACUCGACCAUACUCACGAAAUGCAGCGAAAUUUCAUUCAAAAACACAAACCAAUAUAA